AUGAUCACACGACUACCACAGCUCGUCAAUUGCACAGACACUCUGAACUUCCGAGGCGUGAUCACUUACCAGCACAGACGCAACCUUGUUCUUGACGCUACCCACCUCAGAACCACACUUGGUCGCAACAGUGCUUACUCAUGCAACAUUGUCUACGCUGACAUGAAAACCCGUAGCUCUCGCCGUGGAAGCAAAAGCUUCUGCGACCUUCGCUUAAUGCGCAUAUUUGAAUUCUCAACUCUGCAGACUGGCCACUUUGCAAGGAGACGAUUAGAUCCAGCUGCACCUUGUUCACAUCCUGCCAUCGAUCGGAUGAGAUUGGUCGAGUUUGAGCUUUCAACGACGCUAAGAGUGCUCUCCAGUUAG